AUGUUAUCCACCAUCUUGGACUCAGGAACUACCAGCACCCUUGUCUGUGACCAUGCUAUGUUCUGGACGUACUCUACCCAGGAUCCUGUCGUCGUCAAGACUGCAAACCAUGGGUCACUUCACACGUCUGGCCGUGGUGAUUGCGUCACAUGGCUCAAAAUUGGUGUCAGGUGGAUGCUAUCUAAGGAAUGGGAAUGUAAUUUUCAGGGUGAGCCUGCUCACUGGGAGCUUGUGUAUAGACGAGAAUCGCUCGGCACGAUUCCCAUGUCGGGACAUCUCUUCUAUGUCGACCUCGAGUUCAUCCCCCCUCAGGAGUUGGUGCCUUUGGUCUCUGAACCAUCAGAGGUAUCCGCUUUUGCAUGGGUUCCACUGACAUAUGAUCUCUGGCACACCCGCAUGGGUCACACUGGUGGAGAGUCUACACCGAAUCUGAGUCUAAGGGAGAUGGUGACUCUGGCGCAGAGUAAUAGGAGUCUUAUACUGACCUGUACCUCCGACAAGUUGAUGGCUACCAUUGCUACUACUACUCUUGCCAGUGGACUUGGAGCUGUCAUACAAAGUUCCUUUAAGUUGUGGCUGCGCGCGAGAAAUGCAAAAGAUACUACGAAAACCAAGUCUAACACCAAGGACCUAUCAGAUGAUGAGGUUGACUUCGAGGCAAUUAAAACUUUGUCUGAUUGUUUGGAGCUUAUAUGCAAUGCAAAAAAUAAAGUCUUGGCAAUCGUUUCUUCUGGGAUACCUGCAACAUAUGUCAAGGGCGUCCUCCGCAAAUAUGCUAUGUCGUUGCGCACCAGUACCGCCGGGGACAUUGAGAUAUCCGAAGACUGA